CGUGCUCCGCGGCGGGCGCGGGCUGUCGCCGUGGCAGCGGCGAGCGCUCGGCAGGGAUCCGGGCCCGGUGUCGCGAGGUGACGGAGUCCCCGGCGGCCGCUCCUGUGCCCCCUGCUCGCCCGGGGCGAUGGCGCAGGCGGCGCUGGGCGCGGCCGGCCUCCACUUCGACGAACUGAACAAGCUGCGGGUGCUGGACCCGGAGGUGUCGCAGCAGACGGCGCAGCUCCGUGAGGAGUGCCGAGCCUUCCUCGAUAAAAUAGUAGAAUUCCAAAAAAUAGUGGGUACCUUAAUUGAACUUGUUGAUCAACUGGCAAAAGCUGCUGAAAGUGAGAAGAUGAAGGCCAUCGGGGCCCGGAAUUUGCUGAAGUCUAUAGCAAAGCAGCGAGAAGCUCAGGAACAGCAGCUCCAGGCUUUGAUAGCUGAGAAGAAAAUGCAGCUGGAAAGGUACCGGAUAGAGUACGAGACGCUGUGCAGGAUCGAAGCAGACCAGAAGGAGUUCAUCGACCAAUUCAUUUUUCAGAAGUGAAGCAGCUGAAGAGGAAACCACAAAACCAAACUACCUUGGAAACUUGACCAUUCCAGAACUUUUGGAGAAUGUUCCAAAAAUAUGCAAUUUCCCCCCACUGUGUGUGACUGGAGAGGUGGUUUGGCUGAACGGCCGGGGCCUGCCUUCAGCGUGCCUGGCGCUGCAAGUGGCAACAAGCAGCUGCAGAGACUGUUUCUGCCCUUUGGUUUUUGUACCACUUUUGUACACUCAGCAGCUGCCACUCCAUUCCCAGCUGAAUGGCUGC